GUGUACAGUGUAUCAAGCUAACGUUAGUUUUUAAUGUUCAUAAUGAGAAGCGGAACUACAGUACGCUAAAGAGCGCUUCCGCUCGGACCUUUAACACUGAUGCACCGGAGGAUUAUGUGACCUGCUCCUGUCAUUUAAAAUUUGCGAUUUUGUUGGAUCUGAGGAGAGAAAAAAAACACACUGAACAUGACGCUUUUUCAUUUCGGAAACUGUUUUUCCUUGGCCUAUUUCCCAUAUUUUAUUACGUACAAAUGUAGUGGAUUAUCUGAAUAUAAUGCAUUUUGGAGAUGUGUCCAAGCAGGUGCUACCUACCUCUUUGUGCAGCUGUGCAAGAUGCUGUUUCUUGCCACAUUUUUCCCCACCUGGGAGGGAGGAGCUGGCGUGUAUGAUUUUGUUGGGGAGUUCAUGAAGGCUACAGUGGACAUGGCCGAUCUUCUAGGUCUUCAUCUGGUUAUGUCCAGGAAUGCUGGGAAGGGUGAAUAUAAGAUCAUGGUUGCAGCAAUGGGCUGGGCUACAGCUGAGCUCAUCAUGUCAAGAUGUAUUCCGUUAUGGGUAGGAGCUCGUGGCAUUGAGUUUGACUGGAAAUACAUUCAAAUGAGCUUUGAUUCCAACAUCAGUCUGGUACAUUAUAUUGCUAUGGCAGCAGUAGUAUGGAUGUUCACUCGAUACGACCUUCCCAAAAGCUUCCGGCUCCCUGUUACAAUCCUGCUAGGAUUGUGUGUUUAUAAGGGCUUUCUUAUGGAGCUGUUUGUUCAUGUUUUCCUCCUGGGCAGCUGGACAGCUCUCCUAGUGAAGGCUGUGCUCACUGGUGCCAUCUCCCUAUGUUCCCUCUUCCUAUUCGUCACACUCGUUCACAGCAAUUAAACGCUUAUACUGUACAGUGCCUCCACUCAAGAGGCAUUUCAAGUAUUUGAAGAGCAAAUCCACAUUCCUACUUUGGAUACUGUUGACUUUUGUAUCUGCUAUAAGGAGACUGUGAAAGUAUAACUGUUAUUAGUGAACAUGGGUUUAUACUUUAUUCAAAAAAAUAAAUAAACUUUUGACUUCAAUAUGAAGGAAUACUUGGACAGUUUUGGGAGGGAAACCAGUUAUGCUGAAACUUACUCCAAGAAAAACCUUCUUAACGACAAACUAAUUUAUUAAUAAAGGCCACAUGGGACAAAAAUCAUUUGCAGUUUUUGUAUGGUAGAUUUUGUUUAUCAUAAAAUAUUGCCAAGUAUGAGUAUUUUUUUUUUUUUUUUUUUUUAACGUUUCUUUGCUUCCUUGACAAGAAACUAACUACAAAAAUGUAACUGGUAAAGAUGUAUGAUUUGUGAACUUUAGUUAGCUAUAUUAGUAAAUAUGAACAAACAAUAAAAAUAGUUCCACAGCAUUUAUUAAUCUCAGUUAAUUUCAACAUUUACUAAUAAGUUUUAAAAAGAAAAGUUGUAUCUGUUAACAUUAGUUCAUGCACUGUGCACUGACAUGAAUUGUUUUUAUUUUUAUUUUAUUAACUAACAUAAAGGUUAAUAAAUGCUGGUCCAGACAGCUGAGAAAACAUCACAAUAAGCUUUUGAAGCAAAAAGCUGUGUGUUUCUAGUAAACAAACUCAAAUUAACUUAACCAUUGCUUCUGGCUAAAAUAAGAAUUCUCUAUCCAUAAUAUUGCUUUCUCCAGUGUCGGGAAUCGGGAGUAAAAUAUACACAGAUCAAGCAUUGUUAACAUUCUGACGGCACCCAUUCACUGAAUAGGAUCCAUUGGUGAGCAAGUGCUUAAUUUCUCCAAAUCUGUUCCGAUGAAGAAACAAACUCAUCUACAUCUUGAAUGGCCUGAGGGGGAGAACUUUUUUUGCUACUUUAAUGUUUGGGUGAACUUCCUCUAACUAAUGUAACUUUAUUAAGAAUUCCUUUAACAAAUGAGCCCUUAUUGUACAGUGUUACCUGUUAAUCUCUUAACAGCACAACUAUUGUCCUGCUAUUUCAGUUCAGCCUAGCUUCACAUUCCUGGCACAUUAAAACUCAUAAAUCUGCUGGGAAUGUAAAGGACAUGAAUGGUUACGUAUGGGUUUUGAUAAAUUGUAAAUAAAUGUCUCAAAAAAAAAAAAAAUAAUGAUAUUAAUAAACUUAAAAAUAAAUAAAUAAUAAAGUUUUUUUUUGCAUGCAUGCAUGCAGGUUGAAUAAGCUUUAAAAAGACUGUAAUAGGCACAUGCAAUUAUCAACAAGUUAUAAGUUGAUAAAAUCUACACGUACAUUCUCUUCAUUCUGCCCUCAUGUAAAGGUUGCUGUGAUAACUUGAACUUGUUUUCCCCUUCUUAUCAACUACAUGUCUAGCUGUUUUACCUGCAGUAAACGACUGUGUAGUUACAAACAAGCUUUGCAGAUUCAAAAUAAAAAGAGCUUUGUUUUCCCUCUUCAAAGAAAUUUGUGAAAAGAAUUGAAUAAAGAGCCAAGCCCAGUGGAGUUUCACUCUCACUCUCUCACAUGUAUUAUAUUACCUGCAGAGACUGUCUUUAUCAGACCACUGACUCACAAUGCUAUACUGAUAAACAAUCAAGCAAACUCUAUUGUCACGUGUGUUCAUCUCUCAGGGAUUUUAUUUAUUUAUUUAUUUUUCAGCUUUUUUCCAAACUUUUAAAAUCUUUUUCUUUGGAACUUUAUAUCAAAUU